AAUGAAUUGUAAUUGAAAUUUUGUAUUUUACAUUAGAAUACAAACUUGUAGGUAAAAAAGGAGAAGGAACAUUUUCAGAGGUCAUCAAAUCAUAAUCAUUCAAAACAGGAAACUAUGUUGCUAUAAAAUGUAUGAAAAAUAAAUUCACAUCAAUUGAAUAAGUAAACAAUUAAAUGAAGAUUAAAGGUUAAUCAUUUGAGAGAGAUUUAAGCUUUAAGAAAAUUGAGUCCCCAUGAACACAUUAUUAAGUUGAUCGAAGUUCUAUAGUAACUCAAUUUAUAACAAUUAUGGUAGUGAUGAACCUACAGGAAGAUUGGCUUUAGUAUUUGAAUUAAUGGAAUAGAAUCUAUAUGAGCAUAUAAAGGGUAUCAUAAUAAUCAUUUCAAUUAGGCAGAAAAUAACCGUUGAAUCCAUAGAAAGUUAAAUCCUUUAUGUACUAACUGCUAAAAUCUAUUGAUCAUAUGCAUAGAAAUGGUAUCUUCCAUAGAGAUAUUAAGCCGUAAACAUUUAUAAUUUAAAUAGUGAAAACAUUUUACUGAAUUCAGAUCAUUUGAAACUUGCAGAUUUUGGAUCUUGUAAAGGCAUAUAUUCAAAACAUCCUUAUACAGAGUAUAAAUUAACUUAAUCUCGAUAAUAGAUAUAUAUCUACUAGAUGGUACAGGGCUCCAGAAUGUUUAUUAACAGAUGGAUAUUAUGACUAAAAGAUGGAUUUAUGGGGUGUUGGAUGUGUAAUGUUUGAAAUUAUAGCUCUAUUUCCUUUAUUUCCAGGAACUAAUGAAUUAGAUUAAGUUAAUAAGAUUCAUAAUAUUUUGGGAACUCCAAAUCCAAAGAUUUUUGAUAGAUUCAGAAAGUAAAAUAAAAGAAUCUAAUAAUAGAUAAGCCACUCAUAUGGAAAUUAAUUUCCCAAAUAAACAUGGUAGUGGUAUUGAGAGACUUCUUCAAGGAUAAACAAAAGAAUGUAUAGAUUUAAUCAAAAUGUUAUUGGUGUAUGAUCCUGAAGAAAGAAUUACUGCUCAAUCAGCAUUGAGACAUGAAUAUUUUAGAGAUCUAUAUGAAGCAGAUGCAACUCAAAAGAGUUUUUAACAUACUCUAUAAUAAAUCAGAAUUUCUAAUCAUAGAGAACAGUAAUGAAUAUAUUUAUAUAUAGGAAUGAUAAUUCUUUAGAAAGAAGUCAAAGAAUUGAGGAAAGUAAAUAGACACAUUAACCAAAUUUUAAAAAGACAUAAAAUUAUUAUGCAAAAUCAUAGAAGAAAUCUGGAGUAUAUUUAAUAUUCUAGAUUAUAGUUACCAUCAUUAUAAUUUGAUUUGAAAGUAGAGAGUAUAUAUAAGAAUACAUAACAUCAUGAUAGUGAUGAUGAUAUAGAUAAAUAGUCAUCAAAUAAAUAAAUGAUGUUACCUGAAAUUAAGAAAAAAAAAAAGUAUGAUCCUAAAAUUAUAUAUGGAAAAUAAUCAUAUCAAUCUAAUCAAGCAUAUUAGUAGUUUAAUUCUAAAGGUAUAUAUUUAUAAAUAUAAUAAAUUAGCUGGCAAAAAAAUGGCGCAUGGAUUAUAAGCAGAUUAUAUAGUUUAUGGCAAGAAAGCUAUGAAUUAGUAGGUUUUAGGCUGA